ACGAAUCUAAGAAGUAGUGUGGUAAGGCACUUUUUUGUCCUUAGACUUAGUUGGCUGAGACGGACGCAUGGCGAUCUCAAUAGCCAUUUUGGACUGUGAUUUACUGUUGCACGGCCGUGGUCACAAAACCUUGGACCGCUUUGACGUGGGCUCUGUGUCAGACGAAUUCCUCGUCUCACAGUUUGGCUUCCCCAGAGAAUUCAUCCUGUACUUGGUAGAGUUACUCAGAGAGUCCCUCUGUAGACGCACACAGAGAUCCAGAGCCAUCAGUCCUGAGGUCCAGGUGCUGGCCGCGUUGGGGUUCUACACGUCGGGCUCUUUUCAGACAUCAAUGGGAGAUACGAUUGGAAUCAGCCAAGCAUCCAUGUCCAGAUGUGUUUCCAAUGUGACCAAAGCUCUGGUUGAGAAAGCUCCUCAGUUCAUCACGUUGAAAAGAGAGGCCGUGAUCCGAGAGCAGACCUCCCAGGAGUUCCAGAAGGUGGCAGGAUUAACGGGCAUUCUUGGAGUACUGGACUGCGUUCAGGUCGCCAUCAAGGCUCCGAACAGCGAAGACUCAUCCUAUGUUAACAAGAAAGGCUUUCACUCCAUUGGGUGUCAGCUUGUUUGUGAUGCCCGAGGCCUACUACUCAGCGCAGAAACUCACUGGCCCGGUGGGCUCAAAGGCGUCGAUGUUCUGGAAAAAUCUGCCCUUUUUAAAGAACUGCAAGAAAUUGAGGGCUAUUUUCUGGGUGACAGCCGUUAUCCUCUAAGGAAGUGGUUGCUGACCCCGGUGGAUUGCCCUGAAUCCCCUGCAGAGUUUGGAUACAAUCUCGCUCACACGGCCACGCAUGAGAUUGUGGAUAGAACGUUUCGAGCCAUCCAGACUAGAUUCAGAUGUUUGGAUGGAACCAAAGGGUAUUUGCAGUACUCACCAGAAAGGAGUGCAUCCAUCGUGUUAGCUUGUUGCGUUCUCCACAACGCCUCCCUGCAGUCAGGUUUAGACGCCUGGACUCUGGAAAGGACGGACCCGCCGGAGCAACCCGAAACCCUGGAGCAGAGGCCCGAGGACCGUGACGAUCAGGCUGAGAAGCUUCGCAAACAGCUCAUCCUGAAACACUUCAGCUAAUGUGUCCCUGAACUCUGCAGGGCUUUGCUCAAGAACAAGCCGAGAUCACACAGUUGUAUUGAAACCAAGAGAGUCAAGAGACAGUGAUGCUGAUGCAGAUUUUUAAUAUUUUGCUGGUUUCUAAUCUACUGACUACACUAAUAUAUCAGGCAUAUAUAAAGGAACAUGCAACACGCUGUACAAAAACAACAAGAAUCUUCUGUGAACAUUACUUGAUUUACUUCCUCAAGUAUUUGUGACCCAGCUUUCCCAAACAAUUUAGUUUCCUUGUUGUCCAGGUUUGGAAAAAGUGACCAAAUCCUCCCUCCAGCCAUCCAUCCAUCCAUCCCCUCCCAUUAAAAGACUUUGUAAUGCAUUUCCACAGGCAAUGACACUGCAAUCCACUAAUUAGGCCCGCAUUCACAAUGGCACAUCAUUUAUGUACACAAAUGCAUUGACGUUGACAUUACAAGCAUGACAAAAUAGCAUUUUGUGGGUAGAUCACACUAAAUACAACGGAUGGAUACAGAGACAGAUUAUUCCAAUUGUCAAUUAAAGGCAUCUCAAGACUGCA